GCAGCAAGCUUCAAACCAAUUAACCCUAAUUAACACAAGUCACGUGACCCACUUCCACGAGUCAAAAAAGGACGUGCUGUUUCUGAGACCAAAACCGUACAAGACCCAAAACAUCUAAAUCAUAAGGAGAUGUGGAAUUAUCAUUGUGCAAAACUUUGUUUGAUUGCUUUAUUUUUUGCUGUCAUGGCUCAGCACUGUUGCUGUUUCUCAAAGAAAACACCCGAGCAGCUCGUGCUGCCCAGAGUCACCUGCUCUGGUCGGAGGAUGAGAGCUGUUUUUGGUCCACUGGUCAAAAGUAACAUCCAUGUUAAAGACAUGACAGGGGCCAGAAUCCCAGUGCUUCAAUCUGAGGGGUCCUGUGGAGUGAGACUGGGCAGAGAGAAAAACCAGAGCCUCUCCUUCUACAGCAGAUAUGACAGUUGCUACGCACAUAUUGAGAGCAGCAAAGUGGUCAUCCCUCUGCAGGUACAGCUGACGGGAAAGGAUCAUCGAUGGUUCGGGGUAAAUAUCAGCUGUCCUCUGAUAAAGAGACGCAGCGGCAGGACUCAACUUAUCCCAACACUGUUACCUGGAACCUGUGACACAGAACGAGCUCUGCGAGUGGACUGUGGCCACCAAAGCAUUUCUAGUGAUGCCUGCCACAAACUGGGCUGCUGCUACGACGCUCCCGAUUUAAACUGCUACUACAGACUCAAUGCCUGCUCUCUGGAUGGACACUUUGUGUUCUCAGUAAUGGCCACGGACACAGACCAACCAAUCGAUCCCAGCAGCCUCAUAGUCAAGGAUCAGCCACAGUGUUCCCCUGUGGUCACCACCCCAGACACGGCCAUCUUCAAGAUCGGAGUCAUGGACUGUGGUGCAAAGAUGAAGGUAGAUGGAGAUGUGAGGAUCUAUGAGGUGGAAGUGGAGGAGCUGCAGACUCAAAGUAUAACCAAACAUUCUCCAUUCAGUCUCCAGGUCCAGUGUGAAUACGACGCAUCACAUUUAAAGCGUGCGGCAGACUUGCGGUCCUUGUACGCAGUGACCAACCCGCCGCCCGUGGUUGGACUGGGAACCAUCAGAGUGCAGAUGAGAAUAGCCAAAGACGCAUCCUUCACAUCCUUCUUUCCUGAGGACCAGCUUCCUCUAACCAUCCCCCUGCGCAAAGCUGCAUAUGUGGAGAUUUCCAUCUCUCAGCCGUCCCCAGACCCCACGCUCUCCCUACGUGUUCGGGAUUGCUUUGCCUACCCUGCGUCUAGACACUCUGUGUGGACGCUUCUCUAUGACGGAUGUCCAAACCCUUUGGACAACAUGAGAAGCUCAUUACCUGUGAACAACCAGGGGAAGACCACCUCCCACUCCCAAGUCAGGAGGUUUGAUGUCAAGACCUUUGCCUUCUUGGACCCUCACACAGGCCAUCCAAGUGUGGAGGAAAUGUACUUCUACUGUUGGGUGGAAAUCUGCACAGAUGACUGUGCGCAGCGUUGUGCCAUCAUUUCGUCCGAGGGCGAGAGACAGAGAAGAGAGGCGAUGUCUGAGUCCGACCAGGUCCAGCUGGUCUCUCUAGGGCCGCUGCUGCUGGGACAGAACGGCACUCAACUGGAGGACAAUCCAUGUGUGAAACAGAAGACAAUGUUUCAGGUGACAGUGUAUGUUCUCUCUGGCGUUGGUGCCGCCCUGCUAUUGGUCCUGAUGUUCGCUGCGUGGUCAAACAUCAGAAAGAAGCAGAAGCCAGAAACACAGCCGGUCUGCGAGGCACAAGUUGACAGUGAACGAUCUCAAUAAAGCAUUUCAUCGC